AUGAAGACAAUCAAUUAUUAUCCAUCCGAUACCACAAUUGGUAGUCUUCCAUUUAGUAAUUAUAUAUCUGAAGAAAUUCGUUGUUUAAGUGUAAAAGAAUUCACAUCAUCACAAGCAAUUGAUCAUCUUGGUGCACUAGUAUCUGAUAGUCCAUAUGAUUUAGCAUUAGGAUCCUUUGAUAAAAAAAUGAUCGCAAACGAAAAAAACAAAAUUGAUAUCAAUGAUGAAUCAAUCGAUAAUGUUGAUGAUCAAGAAGAAGUGUUAAUAAAAAUGAUGUCUCGUCCAAUGUAUUUAACACCAUUAGAUUUAUUAAAACAUUUAGAAAAAAUUUCGACAAAUGAAAGAGAAGUUCUUGCAAUUUCACCUGUUCUUCCAUCAAAAUUUCGUCUCAAUCGUUCAUCUUCUUUAAUUAAUAGAUUACCUGGUACAACAAAUGAAGAAAAACUUAAUAAACUUUAG